GGUGAGGGGCCCAUGUUCCUGACACAGUCUACACCCAGGGAACGAAGAGCAAGCGCCAUGUUGAAGCCACCAUUGCCACUCAGAUCCCUCUUAUUCCUGCAGCUGCCUCUGCUGGGGGUGGGGCUGACCCCGAAGGUCCUCACACCCAAUGGGAAUGAAGACAUCACAGCUAGUGAUUUCUUCCUGACCUCUACACCCCCUGGGAUCACUGUUUCUACCCGGCCCCUCCCAGAGGUUCAGUGUUUUGUGUUCAAUGUCGAGUACAUGAAUUGCACUUGGAACACCAGCUCUGAGCCCCAGCCCACCAACCUGACACUGCACUAUUGGUAUAAGAACUCUGACGAUGGCAAAGUCCAAGAGUGUGGCCACUAUUUAUUCUCUGAAGAGGUCGCUUCUGGCUGUUGGUUGGGAAAAGAGGAGAUCCAUCUCUACCAAACAUUUGUUGUCCAGCUCCAGGACCCACAGGAACCCAGGAGACAAGCCACACAGAUGUUAAAACUGCAGGAUCUUGUGAUCCCCUGGGCUCCAAAGAAUCUAACACUUCGCAACCUGAGUGAAUCCCAGCUAGAACUGAGCUGGAGCAACAGAUACUUGGACCAUUGUUUGGAGCACCUGGUGCAGUACCGAAGUGACCGGGACCGCAGCUGGACUGAACAAUCAGUGGACCACAGACGUAGCUUCUCUCUGCCUAGCGUGGAUGCACAGAAACUCUACACCUUCCGUGUUCGGAGCCGCUAUAACCCGCUCUGUGGAAGCGCUCAGCAUUGGAGUGAAUGGAGCCGCCCGAUCCACUGGGGCAGCAAUACUUCAAAGGAGAAUCCUUCAUUGUUUGCAUUGGAAGCUGUGCUUAUCCCCAUUGGCUCCAUGGGAUUGAUUAUUAGCCUCAUCUGUGUGUACUGCUGGCUGGAACGGACGAUGCCCCGAAUUCCUACCCUCAAGAACCUAGAGGAUCUGGUUACUGAAUACCAUGGGAACUUUUCGGCCUGGAGUGGUGUGUCUAAGGGAUUGGCGGAGAGUCUGCGGCCAGAUUACAGUGAACGGCUCUGCCACGUCAGUGAAAUUCCCCCAAAAGGAGGGGCUCUGGGGGAGGGGCCUGGGGGCUCCCCCUGCAGCCAGCAUAGCCCCUACUGGGCUCCCCCAUGUUAUACCCUGAAACCUGAAACCUGAGCCCUGAUAGCCUGACAGAACCCCAGGGUCCUGUAGCCCUAAAUUGUACUAACUUCCCUUUGUCCAACCAGGCUGGGUCCAAUCCUCACCUCACCCCCCUGUGGCUGAUUUUGAAUUUUGUGCCCCCUAUAACUGCCCGCUCAUUCAAUAUCUCCUACUUGAGAAUUGCCCCUUUGCCCUGGGUACGUGUUUCUCAUCUCCCCCAAUCCAGGCCUUCCUCUUUGCUGGAUUCUUCCUCCCACUGUCCCUCCAUCCCUCCCUCCCUCUUUCCAUCUACCCUUCAAUUGUUCCUGAAUCAAUGAGAAAUAAAGUUUCUGCUGAUAAUCAU